AGACUGCCUGGGGCGAGGGGACAGAGACCUGUUUGGGGCCUGGGGGGAGGGCUGGGGGGCUGGGCAGGUCCCUGGCUGGGAGGGCCCUCCCGUGGCUCCCUGGGCAGACAGGCUAUGGGCCUGGCCAGCAUCUGCCCUUUGUCUCCUUGUGCUGCGAGGGGCUCGGCAUGCCCCAGCCUCCUCCAGAGGGGCCGGACCCCCAGAGCCGCAGUGGGGAGCCAGGCCUGCCUUUCCCUGCAGGAGUCUCACCAGUCAACGGCCGACUUCCGCCUCUACGUGGAGAGCCGCAUACGGCACCUGGACGAGGUGAGCCGCCAGCACGUCCGCGUCUACCAGCUGUACAGCCGCACCAGCACCGGGCACCUGCAGGUCCUUGGCAAGAGGGUCCGCGCCAACGGCGAGGAUGGCAACAAAUAUGCGCUGCUGGCCAUGGAGAGCGACACCUUUGGGAGCCACGUUCGCAUCAAGGGCAAGGAGACGGGCUACUAUGUCUGCAUGGACAGGAGGGGGAAGGUGCUGGGCAAGCUGGACGGCCGGAGCCGGGGCUGCGUCUUCGUGGAAGAAGUCCUGGAGAACAACUACACGGCCUUCAUGUCGGCCUGGCACCAGAGCUGGUACCUGGGCUUCACCCGCAAGGGGCGGGCGCAGACAGGGCCACGCACCCACCGGACCCAGCGCGAAGGGCACUUCAUGAAGAGGCCCCCCAAGGGCACAGGGGGCGAGGGGCAGAGCCCGUUCCGCUUCACUGCCCUCCCCCAGUGGACUAAGCGGGCCCUGGGGCCCUAGAGCCAGAGGCCCGUGCCCUGGCGGUGCCCCUGAAAGCGGGUGCCCCUGAAGGCGGGUGGGCUAGCAGCCAUGGGGGCGGGCACAGGCGCUGCCCCAUAUUCCCGCUGGCUUGCAGUGGUGCAUGCUGGGACCUGUUGGUCCCAUGGGCUGGACAUGAGAGUGUGUGGCCCAUAGCGCAGGGCAUGGGCUGCUCUGGGCACUGCUGCCCCACAGCCCUGACAAGCGGGUCACCCCACACACUGCACAGGGGGCAGGGCGCUGCCCCACAGCCCUGACAAGUGGGACACCCCACAUGCCGCAGAGGGGGCAGGGCGCUGCCCCACAGCCCUGAGAGGCGGGUCACUCCACACGCCGUGCAGGGGCUGCCCCAGAGAAGGGCUGGUUUCAUGCUGCCAGAGGGGCGGGCACAGGGCACCAGGCUGGUGUUAGGUAUUGUGACAAGACUGGUCAGUGGGGCUAAUGUCAUUAAAUAUUGGGGCAUGGGGCGUCUGCCUCUCUCCCCUUGCGUCUGCUGCAC